CUCACUUAAUCCAAGCAACUAGAAGACCAAAAGUCAAUAUGAGUUCCUCUGCUCCAAACUCAGGCAUGGAUCGGAUGGAUGGGUUUGCGAAAGCAUUUGGUGCCGUUUCAGGUGUUGCUUCUACUGCCUGGGGCUAUGCAAAGCAGCUUCCAAGCUCAGACAUAAAUGGGAAAUCACUUGGUGCUGUUUCGGGUGUUGCUUCUACUGCCUGGGACUAUGCAAAGCAGCUUCCAAUUUCAGACAUAAAUGGGAAAGCAUUUGGUGCUGUUUCAGGUGUUGCUUCUGCUGCCUGUGGCUAUGCAAAGGAGCUUUCAAACUCGGCAACUGUUCAACAAAAACUCAACAUCUUAAGGGUUCAGAGCUCCCAAAUCGCAGAUCUUCAAAGCAUAAAAGGGAUGUGUACAGGACUUGGGGUAAACGUUAAAACAGUUGGUGCUGUAGCUACAGUGGGUAUUGCAGCAUGGGGUGCGUACAUGCUGCAUGGUGGUUCAGGAAAGAAGAUGAUGAAAAAUCCUGGAAGGCCUUGGGAACGCAUUGACGCGAAUAAGUUUAGAUACAACCCUAUAGAUCGCAAAGCUAUAUUUGAUAGAACCCACACACUCAAAGUAUAUUUAAUUUCUUUUGGGUUUCUAUUCCGGCCUAGACAUUUUAUUGGACUUGUGUUGUUAUAUGUUUAUAUUUUGCACUUGUGGGUUUGUGGUUAUAUAUGCAUCUGUGUUGUAUGGGAGUUUGACGCAAAUUAUUCUGUGGGCUGGAGUUCAAAAAUACACAAUUUAUAUACUGAAUUGUUUACAAUUUAG